GCCGACAGGAUAAUUUGGUCAGAUCAGACGUCAUAUCAGGUCGUGUGUAGACGUGUCGUCUGACUUUAAUCCUGUCGGGUCUUGUCAGGUGGCCAUACCAUCUGAUCGCCCGACCGACCGACCAAAUCAUAUAGUGUGUAGCACUGUCGGGCGGAUUUUAGUUGGUUUAUGGAGGUUAAAGUGAUAACACGUGUGUAUCUCCAUGUGUACUUCCAGUUAAGACGUUAGCUGGAGUUGCCUGUGCGCAUGGCGUACGCCCGCCUCCCGCGUUCUAUUUAAUCUAUUCUGUGGUUCUACGUAGCAAGUCCUUUAGGUAAAUACCCAAAUACAGUUUAAAAAUAAAUAUGAGACGACUUAAUAUUAUUGUUCAACAUGUUUGGUGCCGCGGUGUGCAGGGGGAAUUGGAAAGUGACUGGUGAUUAUCUUUGUCACAGUAGAUUAUAAUUUUAUUAGAUUUCUUUUAGAUUAUUAUAAUCUAGAUUCUAGUUAAUCUAAAGUGUUUUUACAUUUUACAAUGACUGCUGUUCUAACAGAACGAGAAGUGAUUUUGGAUUUUUUAGAAAUGUACAAAUCGUUUACUUGUUUAUGGGAUAUUACUUGUAAGCAGUACAGCAACAGGGAUGCAAGAAACCAGGCGCUUGAGUUAUUAAAAGAAAAAUUAAAAAUAAUAGACAAUGACGCUAGUAUCUCAACUGUAAAAAAGAAAAUUGAGAAUAUGAGAGCUGCAUACAAAAGAGAAUUUAAAAAGGUACAAGAUAGUAAAAGAACUGGUGCUGGUCUAAAAGAUAUUUAUGUGCCAUCUUUAUGGUAUUUUGAAUACCUAACAUUUCUAAAUGAAAAAGAAAACACAAGUAUAAGUGGAAUUGACACUAUCGAUUUCAGUGGUGAUGAUGAGGUAUCUGAAACACAAAGCAUUGUAAAUGAAUCAUCAACUACAUUGGGUAAGAAACGACGUGGUACAAAGUUGCAACAACAACAACAAACAUUAAUUGAAAGUGCACAACAUUUAAUGUCUAAAGUAGAUAGUCCAGAGGACAUAUAUGGGAAAAAUAUAGGAAUGCAGCUAGCAGAAAUGACUAAAACUCAAAAAUGUAUUGCUGAAAAAUUGAUUUCAGAAGUUAUUUUUUACGGAAAAUUGGAAAAAUUGACUUUAUGUUCAUCAAUUUCAUUAAGCGGCUAUGAUAAUUCUUAUAACUAUUCAACACCAUCACCUAGUUCUACAAUGCUUUCUUUGCAUUCAGACACUUCUCAUAUUUCACCAGUAACGACCAUGCCUUAUAACUCUUCAACACCAUCACCUAGUUCUACAAUGAUUUCUUUGCAUUCAGACACUUCUCAAACUUCACCAGUAACAACCAUGCCAAUUCCUACAUCAAAUGAAGUACCAAAUGAUCCAAAUAAUAUACAACAUUCAUAUAAUGUGAAUGAAUUUUUAUUGUUCAAGCAUCUAUAAUAAU